AUGGCAUAUCCAGAACCUAAUAGCCGUUACGUCCUACACACGGACGCUUCUGAAAGUGGGUUGGGUGCGGUACUGUACCAAGAACAAAACCGAAAACUACGUGUCAUCCCUUACGGUUCUCGGACAUUAACAGCGGCAGAAAAGAACUACCACCUUCACUCCGGCAAACUGGAAUUCCUAGCUAUGAAAUGGGCAAUUUGCGAACAGUUUCGGGAUUAUCUCUACUACGCGCCAAGUUUUGUUGUGUUUACGAAUAACAACCCUUUGACCUACGUCUUAUCGACCGCCAAACUUGAGUUACUAUCGCAACGACUUGAUUUUCCGUAGCAGUUCACCCAGGACCAACAAGAACUACCCACAGUACGUCUCUGAAUGGCGGAAAGCGAUGCAAGAAGCAUGCCAAGUCGCGAGACAGAAAUCGACACAGAGCGGUAUGAAAGCCAAGAAAUACUACGAUCAUUUGGUACGUAGUUCGGUGCUCCAGCCCGGCGAUCGAGUGUUGGUGCGAAAUUUAAGUGAGCGAGGUGGUCCAGGAAAGCUCAGAUCGUUUUGGGAAAACGAUAUUCACGUCGUUGUUCGAAGAAAGGGACCAGACAGCCCCGUUUAUGAAGUUAAAGCAGAAACCAAUGGUACGAAGAUAAGAGUGUUGCACAGAAACCUGCUGCUUCCUUGCAACUAUCUACCUGUUGAAGAACCCUUAACCGACCCAGCAUGGACAGUGUCUCGGCGACAGCUACAUAAAAGACAAAACCAAAGCCUAACGAAUCCAGCCGCAAGCAAAUCGAAAAAUGUGAACAUCCACUGA